GGGGGCACAGCGCAGCUGAGGAUGUUCGCGUGCUGGCAGAUGAAAGGCGGCAUCUAUUACGCUGAUUCAUGGAUUCUCUCCUGUGCCUUUUACCCAUGCAGCCCCGCUCUCUCCUCCUGUGCUUCUGAGUGGCAUGACAAACGAGCGGCUUAAGUGGUGGGAGAUGUACUUUAAAAAAGAAAACAGUUAAACAAGAUGAAUAAAUAAAGCACAAAUUGGUAAGACUGAUAUCAGCGAGUGAGGAGGCCUUGUGCCUUUUGGCAGAUAUGGCUCACGGGGCUCUUUUGUUUGUGUCGUAUGCCAACUCCUGAAAGCCUGUAGCAGCGCGUUCUAACGGCUCCGAGGCUCACUUCGUGCUUGCGUUGAUGCUAAUUGAGUUUAGUGGUACAGAAACAUGGCUCUUUCAGCCUUAACACCAUUAGAGUGCGAGCUUUAAUUUAGAUGUGUUCACUGGGCCAGCACUUGGACUAGGCGGGUUGAAGGUGCCACAUCUGUAUGUUAAGCAGUGCCACAUUUCCCCCGCUCCCACGAUGAGCAAAUGGAACAGCACACCACAACCUGAUCCUACGGCAACUGCAUUAUCUUUUCUAUCCGUACGUCAGACUUUCUUGUCAGUAUAUUUUUAUAUAGAAUGUUUGUCAUAAAAUGGGCUUUGCGGUCAUAUGAUAUGACAACUUUCACCUCCACCAGGCCAGGUUUAGGCCUAAUCCCUUUUGAAAAGACAAUAGCAAAUUUCCACAGUUAAACCUUCAUAUUUGAGAAAUGCUCUGUGCAUUUGACUAUGCACUAAGCUGUCUUGCUCUGUCUUACAUUAAGGAAUCAAUCCAUAAUGUAAAUUCAGGACCUCUGAAUUUGGGAUUUCCACACUGUCAAUAUUCUCCUUAAAAUCAUGUGUGAAGUGUUUUCUAAAGUAUAAAUCACAACUAAUAAUCAGCUGUGUAAGGAACCAACAAAGAAAAAGAAAAAAAUAAUGAUAACAAUACAAAUAUCUAAAUGGUACUUCAUCAGUGAUUGUACUUUUUAAGGCAAACUAAACUGAAAUCUAACAUGUUUGGAAUGUGAUGGGAAAGGGUUUGUCUAGUAUCACUUAGCCCAAUGCUCCCAGUUCAGUUUCCACAGAUGCGUUUUAUUAAACCAGAGUAGGUAGCGCUGGCUCUUGCUGUCUCACCCUCUGCCGUGCUCUCUCUGUUUUAUGAUUGCUUGCUGCAUCAGAGCAGUGAAUUCCGGUGCCAUUUUCCCAGCACAAUCCCAUAUGACCCCCACUGAUGCAGUGUCGGCUCCAUUCCACCCAGCUCUAACAUGCGCUGCAAAAAAAGGUCAUUAAUAUGGAUGCAUAUGAAAAGCAUUAGACACUCACCGGAUCAUACAGGAGAUGCAAACAGACAGACCUGCAGACAGAUGCGGUCAUUGGCACAGGCGCUUAUGGAAGCCUAUGGUUCCAUCUCGCUCAGACCCACAUGGCUCAACUCUUGCUCACGUGUUCUGCAUUCACUCUUGUCUCAGUGCUCACUCUCACCUCUUUGUUCACUGCAAAGGGGAUCCAUUUUGGUGGAUGCAGCUCUGGUUUCUUGCCGCAGAACCCUGCUAGGGAUUAUAAUGAACUCAGGCCGUGAUUCAGGGGCAUGCUGUGCAGAGCUUUGUUGUUUUCUCUCUCUGUCCCUCUAGUCCCUCCCCCUUCUCUCCAUGUGUAUCUCCUUACUUUACACUGUUGUGCAGCAUUUGUGAGAAAUACAGUAGGAAACAAAACAACAAUUAGCUGCAGCUGCAUGUUGACAGGUGUCAUAGCAACCGUAGCAGCAUUCUUGAAUGCAUUUGAUAAAUAAUUCCGAUUUCUAGUUUCAUAAAUCUGCAGUUGUCGCAAAUGACCAAUGUGUGAAUGAAAGACAAAGGCAUUGCAAUGAAGUGGGACAAAAUAGGUUCUACCUCAGUUAAAAAGAGGCAUAGAACUAAGCCCGAAUGGUUUGACUACAAGGCAGUCACCAUUUAAAUCAGGACUCUCUUGCAAAGUAUCACUUCUGGUUGAAUUAGCACCUGUCUUAAACAGUCCCUAGGAGGGCCUGCUGUGAUUUACUAUGCAAGUGAGCAUGACCAGUGUGGCGAGACAGAUGAUAAAAGUGCCUUAUCGUGUCAGGGAGCCAGAGUACUUUAGUAGGCCAACCCCCCACCAAAUUGUAUUCUUGUGGAACUUUAAGACCACUGUCUGCAGGCUCCCUCAUCUCCUCAACAUGGUACACUUUGUCACAGCAAGCAUCUGUGAAGUGAUAUGUUUCAAGGGCUUAAUUAGUAGUUAGACCAGCAAAAACCAGCUACCAGCAUAAGCUUUUUUCUUAUAAGGUUUUUUCAGCAGGGUUGUUAAGUAAGGGGCAUGGUCACCACAAAGAGUACUUAAAUGCUUUUUUUAUCCUAGUCCUAGGUUUAAAUGGAUGUACGAAAGCAUGUGACAUUUCAUUAGGGUUGAUUUAUAGGACCAUGCAACAGAUAUGUAGAAAGUCUUCUUGGUGGUAGUCAGCAGUUACAGCAUCAGCCUGCUGGAGAGCACAGACUAACUGACUGAUUGACUGGCUGAGGAGGGUUUGUGUGGAUUCAGGACCUGAUGUCAGGCAGCUUUCAGAUGAGCACAAAUAAGUGCACAUAGUUUGGCUGUAAUGUCUGUAAAGAUGUGGUUAGCCCCUGAUCACCCAGUUACUCCCCAGUGGCAUGAUCACUUGCUUGCUGUUGGGGUGGGGUUUGUUGUGUUCCAAUAAGCCUAUAGGUGUGGCGAUGUGGCUUAUGAUAAUUCUCAUUUUUUUUGUCUUGUUACUUAGAAUGUUUGUCAUAAUUGCCUUCUAUCCAUUAAUAAAUUGGCAAUGUAAUGUAACGUUUAAAGUUUGUUUAGCAUGUUUUACAGUAGGCUAGAGUAUUUGCAAUAUUUCUCCUCUUGUAAUAAUAUUGUCAAAAGAAAGGGAGCGUUUGUAGCCUACAUUCUAAGUGUAAGCAGAUAUGCAGGGGAGGUGCAAGGUGACUAAAACUAAUUUACAAAUCGCCUAAAUAUAGCUUGUCCUAUUCGUAUUGUAGUUGAGGUUGUUCUCUGGGAGACCAUGUGAAACGUGACGUAGCCGAAGCCGAUGUUUUAACUCCGGACCCCUGCAGCAGGCGUAGGCUAUGAGGACUUCGUCCCCUGACCUCUGCCGGUCGUUGCCGCUGCUCAGACUGUUGCGUUUCCUUUAGCGCCCUACAGCGCUCCUGAGCCACUCUCUGCAUGGGUUGGAUACUGAGCCGCAAUCUGGGCUAUAACACCAACUCGCGCCUCUGCAAUCACAAAGAAAAUGCAACAUCAUUUCUCACACGACCAGCACAGCUGAGGGAGAAGGCAGACAUGCAGAGGCUCCAUUCAGUCGAGGCGCUGUGACCCAUGCCUGGUGCCUUCGGAGCUGCAGCUGUGCCCACAGGCCCCCUGGUGCCCUCCUGCCCCUCCUCUCCCGCUCUCCUGAUGUACUAAAAGCACACAUUGCUGAAUGGUUUGAUGGAGAUCUGGUCGGAUGACAGCUGGAACUGUUGUCAUAACUGGAGGAAUUCUCGCAACGGUGAUACUCCUGUGUAUCAUAGCAGUGCUGUGUUACUGUAGACUCCAGUAUUACUGCUGUAAGAGGAAUGACUCGGAAGUGGACGCAGGCUCUACCGGGGACCCUCAGCCACAGUUUGCCUGCAACGCAUGCAGCGCCCCCGGGGUGGACGGCUCGGCGGUCACGCCUCUCGCGCUGCCGUACGAGCCGGCGGUGGCGGCGGCGGCGCAGCUGCCGCAGCAUCAGUUGCCGCCGGCGCACAAAUUCUGCCCGACGUGCUCGCCCUACUACAUGCGCUCCAUGGACGACCUGCGCAACGGCGGCGAGCGGAUGGCCUUCAUGCCUGCCCACUACGAGAACCCGGCCGCGUCUUUCUCCAUGUCCUCCCUGCACUCGGCGCCGCUGAGUAGCCGCUCCACCCCCGACUUCUACACCAACACCCGCGCCAUCAGCACCGACGUCUGAGCCGAGGCGGGAACACACCCAAUGGCAGGACACAAUACCCAACCACACCCCCCCACCCCACCCCCAAAAAAGAUCGAAAAAAAUGUAUUUUGCCACCCAUCAUGGCACAGGAAGGGAAAUUGACCUUAACAGGGGUCACCUGUGAAGGUCAUAUCUACUACAGGCCAUCCCCCCCACCGAUGCCAACCGUCCCAGUUCCCUCACGACUUGUCCUCGGUUCUCGGUUUUUGAUCCAGUUUUUCUCUCUCCUGUAAGCUUUCCCCUCUCUGCUGCCAACCUUUUCUCUUUUUCAUUCGACAGACAUGAACUGUGAGGGCUAUAUGCCGAGUGCUCUUUUCCCCUCUCACCUUCUCUCACCUUCUCUGCGGUCUGUUUUACCCUCUUGUUAGUUGGAAAAAAGAAAGUUAAUAGAAAUAUGUACUCGUUGCUCGACUGGGAGAAUUGAUACUCUUACUUCUAAGGAUCACUGUGUUUUAUUUUCAUUUUGUAGAUCUGUAGCAAACAGAAAAAGAGUCAAACAAUUUUAAGGUUGUCUCUAUGCAAGUACUGUAUGCCAGAUAUUAAAAUGGAGAAGAGAACAAGACUUCCAAAAGACCCCUGUAAUGUAACAGAGGUUACUUCUCUGCGAACACAUACAAUGUGAGGGGCAGGGCAGAUUUGUACAUAUAAUUUACCUUUUUCGCGGCUGCUAUGUCUGAGUGAAAGUGGAUAUGAAUUGUAUUAUUAUGAAAUUACCUCUAUGAUUCUUUCCACAUUACCAGUUUGUUUUCCCAGGGUAACAUUGCCUCUUCAUUUUGAGACAGCAAAAUGUGCAAGUCCAGAAUUGUUAUUCACAGGUUUUGUUUCUAUGGCUGACUGGCUGUUCUAUUAAUUUACAUAAUGAGCAUUAUGUUAUGCAGUCACAUUAUCUCUUCUUUUUCAUUUCUCUCGAGUAGAGUGUGUCUUUUUAAACUGCAUUGUGUUUAGUGUUAAAUGAAUGAAAUAUCUGUUAAUUGUAUGUAUGGUUUCUAUCAAUGUACCACCUAUGAAUGUCCCAUUAUGUUCAUCUCCACAGUGCAUUUACCUUCCUAGUUUCUCCUGUGUUUUAUUCUGUUCCGUUUUGGACCCAACGUAUCCAUGAAAUAGUCUUUAUAAAUAUUAUCACACCUUCACCAGGACACAAAACUUCCCUGCUGUGUUAUAAAUGACUUUAAAUUGUUGAAUUAUUAAAUAUGUUGAAAUAAUAAUUAUAUAUACUGAAAUUAAAGUUUUUUCACUGUGUUCACCAAGUGUCGUGAAUAUUCACACUAAAGCAACAUAUAAAACCAAUUAUCAAUUCAA